AUGGAGCGCGUAGCUCUACUCACGACUCACGACUUAGUUGAGCAAAAGAAUAUGAGGGAGAAAUCUGAUAACUCACUGCGGCAUAUCACGGCCUCGGAUUUGUGGGGGGAUAAACUCCAGCUGGUGCUUCACCAUCCACCUGUCGAUACGCCUCAGGGAUUCAUCUGUGAUCACAAUCGCUAUGUCAUCAGCGAAACCAAUUGCGUGAGCUUCGUCGGCCAUCCAACAUGCUUACAAUUUACCGACAACAUGAAGGUUUCUGUGAAGAAGUAUCGUUGGCAGUGCAUCGAGUGUAAAUGCUGUUCAGUCUGUGGAAACUCCGACAAUGAUACGCUCGAUUUAUCUUUAUACCAUUAUUAUUUUUUAUAUCUAGCGAUAAGAAAUUUGGAGCAGUUUUAUCACUAUUAUAGAAAGGACCAACUGCUCUUCUGCGACGACUGCGAUCGUGGUUACCAUAUGUACUGUUUACAUCCAGCAUUGGUCAAUCCACCAGAAGCUAAUUUGAGUGUAGAUUCCAAGAUGACUCCUUUGAUGAUAGAUUCUGCAUCUCCAAGAGAUAGGAUUACCCCCACCAAGGAUCUUGCCAACUUUCUACUGGUCAUGUUAUCUACCUCAUCUUCAGGGAGAUCAUAA